GGUGGAUUUUGCAAGUGUGCGUGCCAGAGAAAGAGAGAGAUGUGCUGUGUGCGUGCGUGUCUGGGGUUAGUGUACAAUUGAGAUUGACCGCAGUAAGAGAGGUUCGGACGGAAUAAAGGCUCAGAAUACUUCUGGAGAACUGAUACAAUAAGAAGUAAACUCGACAGCUCAGACGCGCAGUGCUGUCGAUUGGGAUUUAAACAAGCAUUCGCGUUUUGUUAGUAUUGUUUAACUUUCCUUUCUGUCUGUUUAUGCCAUUGCGCGAUCGCUGAGUCUGGAACGCAAAGAGAAAGCGGAGAGCAGAGGCCAGAUUUCCCGGCAUUGCCGCAGCUCCAGCUCUGUCCCUCCCGUAGUGUAUUUGAGUACCGCAACGCGACCUGGAUGGAUGGGUAUGGGGAAAGCUGGAUUUUACUACCCCGGGGCUGAACGCCUCCGCUCCCUGCCUCCUGUCCUAACUUUUCUGGUUCUGUUCGCCGUCUCCUCUUGGGUCCACAUAGGAGAGUGUCAGCCACAGGCUACGCAGUGUCGAAUCUCAAAGUGCACGUCGGACUUCGUCUCCCUGACCUCACAUCUCAACUCGGCCUUGGAUGGAUUCGAUACAGAGUUCUGCAAAGCACUCCGGGCCUACUCGGCCUGCACCCACCGCAAUACCAAGACGUGCCGUGGGAACCUCGCCUAUCACUCCGCCGUGCUGGGCAUCAGCGACCUCAUGAUCCAACGCAACUGCUCCAAGGAUGGGCCUACCUCAUCCACCCACCCCGAGACAGCCCCCGAGUCCUGCAACUACCACAGCCGCCACCAUGGGAGCGGCAGAGAGUUCCGGGCAGGGGACCCAGGGCAGCCCACCUACCUCUUCUGUGGCCUGUUCGGGGACCCCCACCUCAGGACCUUCAAGGACCAAUUCCAGACCUGCAAGGUGGAGGGAGCCUGGCCCCUGAUAGAUAACAACUACUUGUCUGUGCAAGUCACAAACGUGCCUGUUGUGCCAGGCUCCACUGCUACAGCAACUAAUAAGAUAACAAUUAUCUUCAAACCUUACCAAGAGUGCACAGAGCAGAAGGUGUACCAGGCGGUGACGGACGACCUCCCUGCUGCCUUCGUAGAUGGCACCACCAGCGGGGGCAACGGCGACACCAAGAGCCUGCGGAUUGUAGAGAAGGAAGCUGGGCAGCACGCAGAAAUCCAUGCCCGCUACAUCGGAGCCUCUGUCAUCGUGAGGCAGGUGGGCCGCUACUUGACCCUGGCUGUGCGCAUGCCAGAGGAGCUGGCCUUGGCCUACGAUGAGACCCAGGACCUGCAGCUCUGCAUGAACGGCUGUCCUAUGGCGGAGCGCAUUGACGAGGAUGGGUACCUCCCUCUGCCAGUCCUGGGGCUGCACCACCCCAACCACCAACACCAACACCAACACCACCGACAGCAGCAGCCACACAAUAUCCCCCAGCAUCCACGUGGGAGCUUCUCUCUGGGAAGUGCCACAGCCAAGUGUCGGGAGAAACUCAAAGUGAAGGACAUCUACUUCCACUCCUGUGUCUUUGACCUCCUCACCACUGGGGAUGCCAACUUCACUUUUGCCGCCUAUAGCGCCCUGCAGGAUCUGGAGGCGCUGCACCCACAGAGAGAACGCUGGCACAUUUUUCCCAACCAGACAAACGGAGGACCUUGUUCCUUUCUCCACACUCCUGUCUUCAGACUUGGACUCCUUUGCUUUAUCGUUGUGUUGUUUUUGUAGUUGUUGUUGUCUAUAAACAAAAAAAUAUAUAUAUAUUGUCAUAAUAUAUUGAGGAAGAA